AUGCCAAAGGCCACGAACAGUCUUGAUCGAAGGAGAUCCUGGUAUAGGAAAAACUACGUAUACUUCUUUAAAUUCAUUCGUGAAAAUCAGUCCAAGGUUCUUUUAGUUCUCGAUGGAAUGGAUGAAGCGGAUCCCAGCAACCUCAAAAAGUUCUUUAACCUUGUCGAGGGUAAAGAACUCUCAGGUUGUUACGUUGUUCUUACAUCUCGUCAUGAAGUUGGAAAGAAAGUAAGGAGAUGCUGUGACACUCUGUGGGAGAUUAUAGGAUUCAACAAGGAAGAUGCAGAAAGCUUCAUUCAUAAAUACUUUAAAAGCAUCAACAAGGAGCUUUUGGCUGAGAAAACUAUAAAAAUGAUAUGGCCGCCUUUGCAUUCGGCAAGAUCUACAGACCUGGGUGAAUUGGCAAAAAAUCCUUUAAACACUGCUUUAUUGUGUGUUAUUUGUGAGGACUUCAAGGGCGUUUUUCCAACAAGCAGAACCCAAUUAUAUACUGAAAUAGUCAACUGUGUUUUAAGACGUUAUGAAAACAAGCACGGACUAUCGAGCAACAAUGAUAACCUGUUGACCGUGUAUAAAAGAGACUUAUUUCAUCUUGGGCAAAUGGCGUUACAGUCGCUUCGGAAAGGAGAGCUGUUCUUUGAAGAGCAUGAAUUUCCUGAGAAACUUAUUGCAUUAUCAAAGUUUGGAUUUCUUUCACUCCAGGCGGCUGGCAGUAAGAGGAAAUCUCGUGUGCGUUACGCAUUUCUUCAUAAAAGCUUCCAGGAGUUUUUUUCUGGAUUCUAUCUUGCUUGCCAAAUAAUUGAGGGAGAUAUUGACUGUGACUCAGUAGUGACUGAUCAAAGUUACAAAGCUGAAUUAAGCCAAGUCUUUUAUUUUAUGAGUGGAAUAUUAGCUUCAUUAAGCGAGGAAAUCGCAGAGUCUCUCGUGAAAAGUAUCGCUGUUGAUAUCAAUUCAAUAAGCCGUAAUCGUUAUCCUGAUGGACCCUUGUCACAACGUCUUUUAUUUGCUUUACGCUGUGUAUCGGGAUACCCGAGGUUGGUUGGCACCUUAGGGGAGCGUCUUAACUUUACCCGUUUGAAUUUUCAAGAUGGUUCGAUUGAUGACUCUGAUGUUAAUUCUCUCUCCCAGGCUCUCGCAGCCAACUCCUCUUUAUCUAAAUUCACGUUGUGUGGGAUCUGGAUUGGUGAUUCUGGUGUUGCGUCUCUCUCCCAAGCUCUUGUAAAAAACUCUUGCUUAAUUCAUUUGGAUUUAAGAGCUUCUGCCUGAGAGACCGGGGCAGGCUUGGAAAUAGGGGUCGGCCGAUUUGGCUCAAAUUUGGUACACUUAGUUACUAUGGAGACUUAUGCAAUAUGCCAAAGUUUCAGCUCCAUUGCUCUUAUUUGGGCUGAGUUCUAGAUGUUACCCUUUUUGGGGUCCCCGAAUGCUUUUUUUAUAGCCUAUUUUGGGCACUUUUCAAUACUUUGAUUACAAUAUCAGGGAUAUUUUAAGCCAAAUAUAAACUCACUUUUUAUUAUUUCUAUCCCUAAGGGUCUUAUAGCAAAACAUAUGGAUCAAAGAAAUAUUUCUGUUGUCUGUGAAAUAAUUGUUAAGUUAAUGCUCUUAAAGACAUUUUUAGUGAAACUGAAAAUAACCCAAAUUUAAGUCGGAUUUACUUGAGUGCCCACUUUUGAAAUAACACAAUUCCGACAUGAGCAGAAAGUUUAGCCCUAGGUAUGUAAAAAACAAGGAGAAAAUACUAAGGUUACGGCUUUUUCACUGUGCGGCCUCGCUUUGAAGAUGCUAAUACAGCCACUUCCGGUCUAGUCAUUUCCCCCUUAUAAUAAGGCUUAUAUAGAGCAUGUUAGCCAAAACCUUUCCAAUAACCUACCUAAAUAAUACUAUAUGUAGCACGUUUACUUUCUAAUUCCACCUGAACGUUAAAAUUGGCAAGAUAUGAAAAUCUACUUCAGGAGAAAGUCACUUCCGGUCCAACAGUCCACAUUGGAGGAUUUUUAUUAAAAGUGGUAUUUUUAUGUUCACAAUGAAAUCUCAAAAAGCUGUUUAUGUAUCUUUAUGCCUAUAUGUUUUUCAAUUUUUCAUAGUCUAUUGAGGAAAACAACAAUUUUUUUUGUAGCGACAGCAAUCAAAACUCGAUCGCAUGUUGAAUCCCAGUUUGUUGACAAAAUAUAUUAUGAGGAUGUUUUUUAAAACAUCUCUACUGGCGAAUAUAUGCAAGGCAAAUAUUUCCCUUUGGUGAAAGAGUGACGCCAUUUUAAAUUGUUAUUGAGUAAAAAGUGUUUGUAGUAAAAAGAAAAAAACCCAAAACCCAUAAUUAAACCUGGGCCUUUACAUUCAUUUCAUGUUAACUCUCUCCCCAACCACUUCACUACCACAUCGUUCCGCGAGCAACACAAACUGUCCUUGCCCCCUAGCGAUGACUUACGUCUGUAUUUCACAGAAUUUGACAUUUGUUUUUGUUUCCAGUGAGCCAAUAUUCCCCAUGACUCACACCUGAUUACAUGACUUGUUGCUCAUCUCACCUGCUUUGGGCACAGGCAGCCCAAGGUCGUGAUCUGAGAGCGAUAUAGCAUUUGUUUUUGUUUGUUUGUUUGUUUGUUUGUUUUUUAUCGUAUAUUUCCAUCUAGGUUCCGCGAAAGCUAGAAAAUGUCCAUAAAUUAAAUAGUUUCAUUGGCCUUCAGCUCUAGGUGUCUUUGUAACUUCGAUAAUAAGUAGGCACAAACAGAGGAUGGGCGCGGGGGGCGGGGGAGGGUGAGCUUUACACGGCUGCUCGUUAGUUUUGGUUUUGCUGCAGUCUUGUUUGUGAGAACAAAACGUCACUGCGCGAUACACCCAAAUUUGCUUAGAGCAAUGAUCUGAAGAGAUACAGCGUACUUUUCGCUGCAGUUUUUCACUUCAAACCCUUUUACAAGAAGUGGCAAGUUGGAAAAAUUAAAUUCGGGGAAACUGCACGUGAACUUGCUGCUCAUAAUUAAAUUUAAAAUCUUAUUUAAUUGCGUUAAUGAUGAAUUCUCAUGAUCAGUAUCUCUUGGCAGUCCUUGGAAAAGUAUAAAAUUGUACUACUGAGGUAGUAAAAACAAUGUCAUCAAUUCGAUGUUCUUUCUGGAGUAAUGAUGAUCUCUGUGGUGCUCGCGAUAAUUCAAAGUUGUGUGAGCCAGCCGUCAGUCUGCCUUUAGCAUCUCUAGACCGCGAUGUAACUCACCUUUUGAUUAAAGUUGGUGCUGGAGGCACCAAAACUUCAGCCUCGCACAGACUUCAACAUUUUCCUGAGUACAAACUAAUACUGAAUCAAGCUGGAAGGUGUGGUGUCGUGAAUGCGGAAAUCAAGAAGAUGACGAUUUGUCCGCGUCACCGCCGUAAAUUCACACGUUUACGAGAACUAACUGGACAAUGUCAACACCCUCUUCAUAAAGGUGAAAUUUCCAAAUUGAAAAAACCCAAGAAGGUGACAGCAGACAUUUCAGAGAGAAUAUACCAACAAACGAGGAUCGUGAUACCAAUCGCUGCCCGUAAGUAAUGCUGAACGUUUCUUGUUUGUCCUGAGUUAUUUUGGGAUAGCCUUGUAAUGAACAAAGUCAAAUUCUAUUUUCAAGAAUUCAAAUACCAUGGACCAUGGAAUAAACCUAAAAUCUGAUACAGUGCUCGUUUUUCUUUUCUUUCCAAAGCCAUUUGCAAGACCUGCUUUGACGAAAAGAUUCCAGAACUUCAUUUAACACCCGAAAGUGUAACUUCCAAAGAUCUAGAGGUAAUGUAAAUAUUGUAAUCGCACGUGUUCAAUCUCAAACAUACUGCAGUUGUCUUUCAGGGUGAAAAUAUCCUCAGCGCUGUUGUCCUUAACCUCAAAUACAGAUGAGUCAAAUUAACCGAGACUUUUCUUUACUCAAAUAAAAUAUUCCAGCGAUGAAAGGGGUGUGAAGCGCAAUACAACUCAUGACCCAAUGUCAACAAUUGCUAUUGCGUGACUAUUUGCUGGCAUUAGUAGUCUUCACAGUAAAGCCGAAGUAAGCUUAGAAAUAUUUUUCGAGACAAGUGAAUUUUAAAUACUUCAAGUAAAAUAAAGCUUGACACACAACCGAUUCUUUUUUACCUCAGGUUAACUUAAGGUUAUUUUCUCACGCAACGUAAUUAAGAUUGAUUGACAUGCUUUGCCUUUCCCAAAGCUCUCAAGUCCCUUGAGACUUUUGUUGAAUCGUUUCAACUUUCCGUCCUUAAUGAGAUGCAAAAUAAAAUUACUUGAGAUUUUACUUAGGCUUUCACACUCGCAUUUUGGGUUAAAUAAAACUUAGCAGCUCUUAAGAUAGACUGCGUAGCAGGCGCCGGUGAUUUUAGAGCGAAGGAAGAAAAUCUCGUGGACGCGCGUGUUCCCGCGGCCUGUCCAAGAAAAAACAGAAAAGAGAAGCCGACUCAUGCUAUGCAGGCUACAUCUCCGAAGUCUUACAUGACAACCUCGUGUAAAGACAACCACUGACAGAAAACCAGGUGCUUUUGUUUUGGGUCCUAGAUUUAAAAUUCCAAAUCGAACAUUGUAACGUUUUUAUCCUCUCUCAUCAGCUCUCACCUUUACAAUCAAUAUUUUAUUCUCAGGGCAGACAAGUUUUGUGUAGUGGAGGAGAGGAUCAGGAGGUGGAAGUAGUACUGAAAAACGUUGAUCAAGACAAAUCACUUAUGUCAGGUACCCACUGUCCGUCACUCUUAGAUUUUUCUCUGGAUUCAACUUUGGAAACAAGCUUUGAAUGUAGCCUUUACAUUGACGAAGCAGAAGAGUUGAAAAGAAAACGAUGCUUGCUAAGUGAUGCAAUUGUCCAAAUUUCUGAAGGUAGGGUAAGUCCAAUUCAAAGUACAUCGAGGUUACCAUGGCCUGAACUUGGUGAGCGGCAACAGGGUUAUUACGUGCGUAAGGCUAGAGAGGUUAUUGAAACAGCUUUCAACUGUCUCGCUCCUGGAAGUGAAGCCGAUUUGUGGUUUGCUACAGUGAAGUCCAUGCCGUUUUCUCAAUCAAAGCCUGACGACAUCGCAGAAAGGCUAGUGGAGGCUUACAAGUUAGCUGAUAACAGACACACCCGAAUGCAAAUACUAUCAUUGUUUGUAAAUGCAUUUAGCAAAAGCCAACUAAUGGAGAUUAUCCCAGGUAUUUCUAAACGACAAAUCGAUGAUGCCCGCAGACACGCCGACUUGAGAGGACCAGGAAAACCAAGCAAUGCUCCAGAAAUUAUUAGAGUGCGCCUUGAUGCAACGAAAACUGAUCACUUUCUAGAUUUUAUUUCUUCAUCUUCCCUUUUGCAAGAUGUAUCAUAUGGUACAAAGUCGUUGAAGUUGGAUAGCGGAGAGAAGCUUCUUAUACCAGCGGCAAUACGAACUUUGAUUCCAUCCCGAAUCAUCAAGCAAUACCAAAGCUACUGCGAGAGCGUAGCUUUUGAGCCAUACAGUGAACGUACACUCUUCCGGAUAUUGGAGGCAUGCUCUGCUUCAAAGCAGGUCUCGUUACAAGGACUUGAUUACAUCGCCACAGAAGGUGCGGAGGCUUUCGAUCAGUUGAAAUCCAUUGUAAACGUGCUGCAAGAUAACGGGGUCGAUGUCACCUGGGCAAAUUCUAUCAAACAGGAUCUAAAGGCUGGUAAGAGAUACCUCAAGACGGAUUACAAAACUCACACGGGCAGCAAAGAGAGAUGUAAAGAUCACUGUACCACGUUUUCGCUCAGUGAUCCGAAUAAUAGUGACUACUCUAGUUCAUGCAACCAUGAGCAUGAACUAUCCUGUCAUGAAUGUGCACGGCUUACUUGUUUAGUUGAAAAAAUCGAUGAGAAGUUAAAUGACAAGAACGUUUCCUUGACAGGAGAACAAAGGGCUAGAUCUCAGUAUGACCAUAAACAGGCCACAAAUUCCAUCCUCUUAUGGAAGGCGCAUUUGCUUCGCACAGUAGUCCAGGAAAAGGCUAAGCAAGACGUCCUAACUAACCUUAAUAAAGAAAGCACCCUUUUGAUCAUGGACUGGGCAAUGAAAUUUCUGCCAAUGAAGUUCCGCGAAAGGAUGGACGACUUCUAUGGUAAGCGUGGGAGAAGCUGGCAUGUGACCUGUUCGAUUAAGAGAGCUAGCAAAGAUGAGGACAGAGUUGAGGUGGACACAUUUGUUCACAUCUUUGACUCCUGUACCCAGGAUUGGUUCAGCGUUGCGUCAAUAGUCGAACACGUUCUUAGCGUAAUUAAGAUGGAAGACCCAUCCAUCACCAAAUUUUUCCUACGUUCUGAUAACGCCGGUUGUUAUCACAACACUGAGCUUCUCUUGAGUCUCAAAGCCAUGGGCGAAAGACAUGGAGUGGAGUUUAAGCGCUAUGAUUUCUCUGAUCCGCAAUCGGGCAAAGACGUUUGCGACCGUAGAAUUGCCUCGAUGAAAACCCACAUGCGACGGUGGGUAAAUGAGGGCCAUGACAUCACUACUGCGGAAGAAAUGAAAAUUGCACUUGAAUCUCAUGAAGGCGUUAGGGGAUGUCGUUUUGCAGUCGUUGUAAUUGAUAAAUCGACCCAAAAUUCACAGGUGAAAAAGAUCCCAGGUAUCAGUUACCUGAACAAUUUUAUGUUCUUUGAUGAUGGUAUUCGGGCAUGGAAAGCAUAUCAGAUUGGGGAAGGUCAUUUUUAUCCGUAUUCUUCCCUUACAACCAAUGCUCAAGGAGCUACAGCAAUAAAAGUUCUUAAUCCGUUUUCGUCACCAUCUAAUUGCUCUGGGGCUUCAGUGGCUGGACAUUCCUCCAUUUCGCCCGGCCUGUUCUCUUGUGAGGAAGAAGGAUGUGUUAAGAUGUUUUCUACCUACAAAGAACUUCAGUAUCAUUUAGAUGCGGAACGCCAUCUCUUCGUGGAGGAGCAAGACACUGCGUACGAUGUCAUCAAGAAAAAGUGGGCCAGCAUCUUAUCAAACGUAAGCUUACAGAAACAGCGCACUUUUCCAUCAAUGCAGCCUGGUAAUGAAGGCGUUUUGGAUUGCCAAGAAGCAGUUGAGGGAUGGGCGCUUAAGACCGUCCAAAAGUCAAGCCGGAUGUCUGAAGACGUUAGAAACUACUUAAUCCAAAGGUUCAAUGAUGGAGCAAAGACAGGCAACAAAGCAGAUCCAAAACAGGUUGAACAUGAAAUGAAACAUGUAAGAAACACGACUGGUGGCUUAUUAUUCCAACCUUUUGAGUGGCGUACCUCAAAGCAGAUUGCAAGUUUUUUCUCAAAUCUCUCAAAGUCUCAGCGUGCAAAGAACAUUGAUGAAGGAAACCAUGGUAUUGAAACUGAGGAUGAGGAGACAAACAUCCAGGACAAAAACUUACAACUGUUGCAGCUUGUCAUAGAAAGUCAGGUACAGGCAGAUCACCCAAUUUUGUUCCAGGGGCAUAAUUUAUGUCAUCUAGCUACAGAGGGAAAGAUCAAAACCCUUCGACUAGAUACACUGAAAAAGGCAUGUUUGUCGCUGGACGUAGAAGUUACUGGAUCCAAAGCAAGGAAGGACACUUUUGCUCUUGCACUAGACAAGUACAUCUGCACCCACCGAUCUAAGAGCUGCAAAUACUGUCAUGAUAGGUGUUGAACAUUGUUAAUGCAAUUACUUAAAGACGUUAACAGUCACCCUAUUACGCAUAGUGAGUUUUAAUGGAUAAAAAGCAAGGAAAAUAUGUUCAGAAUUCUUGUUGAAUUUGACUGGUGUUCAUGAACAAUGAAAACAGUGUUAAGCUAUAACAGCGCCUUUUUACCGUCAUAAGUUUUCAAAAUUCCUUUGCUCGAUCAGCUUUCACCAGGCUUGGAAGGGUGAGUUUUUUGUUUUGAAAUACGCUUUUCUGUAAUUUUCACCCAUCCACAAAAGGAAGCCAGAAUUAGAUGAAGUGAUGCAAUCUGAGAGAAUAUCUAUAUUUAACCAACUUUAGUUUUAAGUGCAAUUAGAAAUAUGUGCAAAUGAAAGAGCUCCAAACAGAUUUUUUGAAUAUAAAAAUGCCUCACUUAACCAUCCUCUCAUGUGAACUGUUGGACCGGAAGUGACUUUGUGAGCAUCUCCAGCCGUACAUAUUCAUAUUUUGCCAAUUUUAGCGUUCAGGUGGAAUAAGAAAGUAAAAGUGCUACAGACAGUAUUAUUUAGGUUAAGUUAUCGGAAAGUUUUGGCCAAUAUACUCGAUAUAAGCUUAAUUAUAAGGGAAAAAAGACUAGACCGGAAGUGGCUGUAUUAGCAUCUUCAAAGCGAGGCCACACAGUGAAAAAGCCGUAACCUUAGUAUUUUCUCCUUGUUUUUUACAUACCUAGGGCUAAACUUUCUGUUCAUGUCGGAAUUGUGUUAUUUCAAAAGUGGGCACUCAAGUAAAUCCGACUUAAAUUUGGGUUAUUUUCAGUUUCACUAAAAAUGUCUUUAAGAGCAUUAACUAAACAAUUAUUUCACAGACAACAGAAAUAUUUCUUUGAUCCAUAUGUUUUGCUAUAAAACCCCCUAGGGAUAGAGAUAAUAAAAAUUGAGUUUAUAUUUGGCUUAAAAUAUCCCUGAUAUUGUAAUCAAAGUAUUGAAAAGUGCCCAAAAUAGGCUAUAAAAAAAGCCUUCGGGGACCCCAAAAAGGGUAACAUCUAGAACUCAGCCCAAGUAAGAGCAAUGGAGCUGAAACUUUGGCAUAUUGCAUAAGUCUCCAUAGUAACUAAGUGUACCAAAUUUGAGCCAAAUCGGCUGACCCCUAUUUCCAAGCCUGCCCCGGUCUCUCAGGCAGAAGCUCUUAAGUUGGACCUGUGUUAGGGAUUCUGGUGCUGAGUCUCUUUCCUAUGCGCUUCUAGAGAACGCCUCCUUAAGACGUUUGGAGUUGAAGUGGAACGACGUUGGCGAUUCUGUUGCUGAGUCUUUUUCCAAGGCUCUUGCAAAGAACUCCUCCUUAACACAUUUGGAUUUGAAGGGGAACAGAAUUGGUGAUAAUGGUGCUGUUUCUCUUUUCCAGGCUGUUGCAGUCAACUCCUCCUUAAUUACUUUAGAUUUGAGCUGGAACAGUAUUAGUGAUUCUAGUGCUGCGUCUAUUUCCCAGGCUCUUGAAGCUAACUCCACAUUAAAUUAUUUAAAUUUGAGGGCUAACAAGUUUAAUUAUUCUGGUCGUGCAGUUCUGUCAAGCAUUUGUGAGAAAAAUACAACGGUG